UGUUACUAUGGUCUAUACUCGGUCAGUCAUACGGCAGACCAGCCACCGAUACCUGCAUGGCGAGUUCCAGCCGCGUUGCGGUCUCAUCGGAAGCUCCCUAAAACCGGGUAACCACACUUUCCGCAAAAAUGGUGAAAGGUCCGGAAGGCCAACUUGGCAUUAAACCGGCUUCUUCUUCGCGUUUCCCUACGGUACUGGCACGACCCCUAUUCCUUUAUUUCGUGGCAACUCGACAACCGACCAUGCUUCCUUCAAUAGCUUCCCCGUUGACCUUACUGCUUGCAGCAUCAUAUGUACUCCCGGGCUUUGGGCUAUACUUCUACAUUGACGGGAUUACGCCAAAGUGUUUUUUUGAGGAGCUGCCAAAGGACACUCUAGUAGUCGGUAAGUGUCGGGUUCCCCUAGGAUUAUUCGGAUUCGCAGAACAAUGUUUAGUUGUUGGGGAAGGAUAGAUCACAGACCAUUGGAGAGGAGGGGCGGAAAAGGGGUGUAUAGACUUGACGGCUAAUUCACAAAACUAUGGACAGGUCAAUACACCGCCGAGGAGUAUAAUCCACAUAUCCAAGCAUACAACAGCAACCCUCAACUUGCUAUUCAGAUCACUGUCGAUGUAUUUAGACCUACAUAUACUUUGGGAAUAAAGAGGCACAUCCCUAACCUCGCUUUAGGAAACCUUCGACAAUGAUCACCGUGUCGUAAACCAGAGGGGAUCCUCCUCCGGGAGAUUUACCUUCACCGCCGGUGAUUCCGGCGAGCAUCGUCUUUGCUUCUGGGCUUCGCACGCUUCUAGUGGUGGUUGGUUUUCGAACCACCCGGAAGGUGUGAAACUUACGCUUGACCUGGCAAUUGGCGAGACCAGUGAAAUCGAGAGCAAGGACAAAGAUAAGUUGGCAGAUAUUGUGCAGAGAGUCAAGGACUUGAACUCUAGGCUUCAAGACAUUCGGAGAGAACAGGUUUUCCAGAGGGUAAGACGGAAUUUUCCCCUAUCACACGGUGGUGGAUAGCCCAAGUGCUGAUCAAUUACUCAAUGCAGGAACGUGAAGCCGAAUUCAGAGAUCAAUCUGAGUCCACCAAUACUCGUGUCGUCCGAUGGACAUUAAUCCAGCUUGCUCUCCUCGGCAUCACCUGUGCUUGGCAACUGUCCCAUCUGAGACAAUUCUUUAUCAAGCAAAAGCUCACUUAAUCCAUACCUCCCCAGAGCACCAUUGUCCCACAUUUGCCUACCACCUCUCUUUCUCUUGUUCCCUGGAUGUUGACAGAACUACCGUUAUAUUGAUCGUGGUGUAGAGAAGCGCUUAUGGGACGGUUUUGAUUUGUCCUUUCCCGUGUCACAGUUUCCUUUGUCCCUUAUACAAUAAGCAAGCAUGUUUUGUUUUUUCCACCCAUGGCGAGGGAAGUACCUCAAUUUACAAACUUUUUUUUCUUCGAGAAUAGUGGGCCGGUGAAAUGGGCGCUCCGAAGGGAUGUUUCAUCUUUCCUCUUUUUUUGAAAUGUGAAUGUUGCGAAAGAGAUGCGAUUACCACAGUAUUGUGGUGGGUUUCAAUGAUAAAGUGUGAAGUAGGCAUGAUGUCUUUCCCCAUCAGUUGCGGGCCGAACCUAGAUCCCCCCCAAGAGCCAGUUUGCCCGUUGAGGACAUACUAGUACCGGCACCCGAUUCAAGCACUGCGGCACUAUGCUCUAGUACCCCCCUUUAUAGCAUUUCCGGCGUAAAGCCAUCUUCCCUUAACCCCAAAAUCCUUGAUUCUAUCGUACUUACAAUGCCUGAUUGGCAUGGUACGAUGGAACAUCAAACAGCAUUGCAUAUCAUAUUACCCCUUGUAUCGACUGCUGCACGAACACGGGACUGCUCUAAGCUAUGUUAUAAUAACAGCACCGCUCUAUUCUCAGUAUUUUUGAGAUUAAGUUACACACAAUCCAAAUAUGAUAUGAUAU